UCUAUUUAUUUUCCGAAGCUUCGCUACGUCGAACGUAGGAGCCUUUCGAGGAGGACUUCUAUAUACAUACUUUGAUAAGACUAGGUUAAACCCAGGAUUAUUUUCGUAUAUUUUACCUGCAUUGCAAAAUGAAUAGAACUUUAAACCCGGUAAUUGUAAUGAGAGGACUGAUAACUGUUUUGGUGGAAAGUAAACGUUCCGCAGGACACAGCAAGUGGUCGAACAUUAGACACAUUAAAGCUGAAAAAGAUAUGGAAAGGCACUUCCUCUUCACUAAAUUAGCAAAGCAAAUGAAGAUUGCAAUUUUAGAGGGCAAGAGUAAUAAGCCGGUGGAAAAUACUAAGCUUGCUAAUGUUGUCGAACGGGCAAAAAAGUCAAAUAUGCCGAUUACACGAAUAGACUCAAUUCUUAGAGACCCGGUGAAAAAAGAAGUGUCAAAGACGUAUGUAAUUGACGUUCAAGGACCUGCCAGUUCCCGUUUUGUUGUAUCAUUUGAAACGGACCAAUUUGCACACAGCAAAGUGGAAUUAAGAACCAUAGCUAACAAAUUAGGGUUUUCCGUUGGAGAUUCUUCGGCACUGCGUCAUUUUAUAUGUAGAGGUGUAAUUCUGACAGAAGUAAAAGGCGAUUUAGGUGCAGCAGAAGAAAUUGCAAUAAAUGCUGGAAUCGAUGACGUGCAACAAAUUGAAAGGGACGGAGAGAAACUCUUUCAGUUUAUAUGCCAACCUGAAUUAAUUAAAAAAUUUGUAAAUAUACUUGAGAAAAGUUACAAUAUUGUCGAAGCAGAGGAGGAGUACAUACCUCAAACUUACAUUAAUCUAAGCGAGGAGAAUUUAGAAAUAGUUCAUAAAUUCUAUGAAAAGCUACAAACGAUGAAAACUAUUACUAAAGUGUUUGAUAAUAUAGCAUAGUAGCAAAGGUAUUGUCUCUCACCUGCACGUACUCGAAAAUGUUCCCAUGUACUGAAUACUAGAACAUCGAUAUCUACACGCAAGUCUUACAAAGAAGUUGAGAUCAUACUAAAACAUGCAUCUGCAUCAGAAUCAGGUAAUUUUAAUAAACUAUUGAAUAUACAUCCUAAUUCAUAGCAGUCCCAUCUUUUACAAGAAAGUUAAUAUUAAUGUGAGCAAAGAACUGUAUUAAAGAAACACGUUGUUACUUA